CUUUGUAUUUAUCCACUCACAUCUGUGACGAAAAUGCUAAUGGGGGAUGUUUGGCUAUGCGGGGGAAAUAACGUUGCUUCGCUAGCUAGGACACUGUGCUAGAAAAGCUAAUCUAACCCCAUUCUGCGAAUCAACCUCGAGACAAGUCGGGAUAAGACCAGUCUCAGGGCUCACCAUACUCGAUGAGCGGACAGCGCAAUGUCAGAGCGCUCUGGGCAAACUGCAAAGGGGAAGGAAGGCAAAACCAAGUAUGCGUCUCUCAACCUGUUUGAUACGUACAAAGGAAAGAGCCUUGAAACACAAAAGCCUAUUGUUCCCCCCCGCCAUGGCUUGCAGUCUCUCGGUAAAGUUGCCUCUGCCCGGCGUAUGCCACCCCCUGCCAAUUUGCCAAGUCUGAAGGCAGAGAAUAAAGGCAACGAUCCCAACGUCUCACUCGUUCCCAAAGACGGCACAGGAUGGGCAAGCAAACAGGAACAAGCGGACCCAAAGAGUACCGAUGCAUCGUCAGCACCGCAGCAGGAACCGCAGCAGCCUGUGGCUUCACAGACGCCUGCACCGACCCGCCCGAGAACCCCGCCAGCUUCAGAGGUGCCAACAGUCACAGCUAUGGCCCCAGCUCCAACCCAGGCCGUAGGGGCAAGGUCCUGGGCACAGGCCAGUGUUACACAUGGAGUACAAGGGGAUGGUGGAAAGGGAUCAAACCUACCGUCGCCAUUCUCUCGCGAGGAAUUUCCCACCCUGCAGGCGGCUGGCGACCAGGACAAAGCUGGCAGAGAACAGGGCACUGCAGAUCAGUGGUAUGGGCCCGGACCAAGCCUCCGCCCCCAGAACGUUACAAGCUGGCGGGACGGUGGGGGCCGAGGCAUGGCACCCACCCUCUCCGGGGAGGGGGCAGCAGAGGGUGGCAGCGGUGGGGCUUUGCUGAUGGACGGGGCAGCCGGGAUCCCGCUUCAGAACUCGCAGUCCCACGUGCCACCUAGGAACCCUCCCGCAGGCAGCCCCGCCUUGCCCCUGCCUCAGCCUCCUGUGGGGCCUGGGUUUCCUCAAUUCCGAGGGAUCAUGCCUCCAUUUAUGUAUCCACCAUAUUUACCCUUCCCGGCAAAUUAUGGUCCUCAAGGGCCCUACAGGUUUCCACCACCUGGUGAAGGUCCAGCUCCAAGGUUCUCUCGGUCCCAGGUUGGUCCUGACAGCAGGCCUCAGCUUCUGUCACGAGAUGCAGGCGGAGAGGUGGUCAAGAGACCCUCCAUCCUAAAGCAGGAUGACCUCAAGGAGCUCGAUGAGUUGGACCACGAUGGAGAUGAAGGCUGGGCAGGGGCACACGAGGAGAUUGAUUACUCCGCCAAAUUGAAGUUCAGCGAUGACGAAGGAGAUGACGAGGGGGAAGAGGACGCAACAGAGAGCAAGAAUGACUCAAAUGAGCAGCAGAAAUCUCAAGAGGCCCCCUCUGCAACUUCAUGCUCUCGAGCCUCAGACAGCAGUGGAGAUAGCCGCCACAGCCCUCCCUCCAACCCCGAGGAUGGCCCACAGACUCCCUCCACCAAGCCAGGGUGGACUGAGGGGAGCCAAGGAGCAUCAUCCAACUACCAGGGGCGCAGGCAUGGACCGGGUGGUCACCGGGAGCAGCCCUCCCCUCCACCUGGGCCACUCGUCGGACAAGGGCCUCACUCCUUUUAUCGACAGGACCGUUCGCACAACCAGAGUGCAUCAUUGGGCUGCGGAAAAGGAGGCCACACCCAGCAUCAGCCAGCAGCAGGAGGCCCUACCCCUCCUCCCCAGUCUGGGUUGCUGGUCCAUGGGGUCCCAGGGGACGACGAGGACGAGACGUGGCGUCAGCGCAGGAAGCAAUCUUCCACCGAGAUCUCCGCUGCUGUGGAGCGAGCCCGUCGGCGCCGCGAGGAGGAGGAACGUCGGAUGGAGGAGGAGAGACGCGCGGCCUGCGCGGAAAAGUUGAAAAAGCUGGAUGAGAAGCAGCAGCAGCAGCAGCAAACCAGCAACGUCGGAGGAAGCGGUGGCAGCAAGACACCCAGCCUCGAUGGGAAUUCUACAGCGGCCACAGCUGGCAGUCCGAGUCCAUCUUUGUCAGCCUCUGCAUCUUCUCCCAACGUCAGCCAGCCGCCUUCACCGUGCGUAGAUCCCGAAGAGCCUCCUGUGCUGCCUAUGCAGUCGGGCACAGGUCUUGGUGUCGGCGACAGACAGCGGGCGAGCAGCAACAGUAGUUAUGACUCUAACACAGAUGUCCAGCAUUGUCCUCAGCCAGCUGUGACACAGCCACAGCCGCCGACAUUGGAAGUACCUUCACCAGUAGACAAAGAGGAGACUGCCUGCACUCCUCACAUACGAGCAGGAAGUGGAGGUGAAAGAGGGACGGAACCAGUCAAGUCUGAGAGUAUUGGAGGGGGAUCAGGCCGUCAAGCAGUCGUUCCUCCGGGUCAGGGUUACUCCAAGUACCAAAAGUCCCUCCCACCUCGUUUUCAGAGGCAGCAGCAGGAGCAGCUGUUGAAGCAGCAGCAGCAGUGGCAACAGCAGCAUAACCAGGCAUCCCAAAGCCAGAUCUCUCCCCAACCCCAAGCACCGCAGGGUCCUUCGCCAGUUUCAACACCCCAGCCAGGACCUGGACCUAAGCAGGGCGGACCACUCUAUCAACCCGGCAACUUAGUUCGGCCACUUCCAAUGAAUUUUGACCCACGGUGGAUGAUGAUGCCCUACAUGGAUCCUCGCAUGAUGCAGGGCCGCCCGCCGAUGGACUUUUACUCCACUGGCAUGCAUCCAUCAGGGCUGAUUGGGCGUGAGCGGUCUGAUUCGGGAGGAUCUGGUUCAGACCCCUUUGAUCGUCAACAACAGCAUCCAGGGCACCCUCAUCGUGGCACUCCCCCUAUUGAUCCCAAAUUGACUUGGGGGCCUGAGGUAUUUCCUGGUGGAGGAGAAGGUUGCGGCAUAAAUCCCCCUCUGAGGCAGAGGCAGACGUCAGAGGAGGAUGUGACCAAAGGGCCCAGGAGUGAUACUCCUCCACAUCGCAUACGAGAGGGUGGAUUGGGUCCCAUCAAGCAGCCCAACACAAGCUCCGGGCCGUCGAACCAGACGCCACCGCCGCCUCUUAAUACGCCGGGCAGCAGCCACCCGCCUCACCACUACAUGAGUGGGCGGGGCAACUACAACAACUUUGCUGAUCAAGGUGCAAGGAUGACACCGCACCAGCAGCAGCAGCAGCAACAACAAAGAGGUGGUGAAAGGGGAACCCACUCCCAUGGCUUCACCCAUCAAGAUGACGUCCAAGCUCGGGGAUCUCAGCCGGGCCAGCUGUGGGGGGCGCCACACCCUCACUACGAUCGCAAUGGCCGUGCAGAGCUCCCUAAUGUAGAAGGCAACUCCCACCUCCACCACCAUCAAAACCACCACCCUCAACAGCAUCACUACACUGUCCAACCCCAUAAGCUCGAGAACAGGGCAGCUGAGGGCCCUCUGAAGAAGACCAACCCUUCUCCCCCACUCCACCAGCCUUCCCUCUCGUCCUCGUGCUCCUCUUCUUCCUCUUCUGCUUCUCACAGGGAAGAUGGCAGCGUGAAGGCCUCUUUGCAUCAUCAUUCUCACAGAGAAGGUGAAUCUGGCGGCGUGCAAAAUCUUGGUGAAAGAGGUAGUAGCAGCAGUGGCGGUCAUGUAAAACAUGAUAAAGCAGGUUCUGCUUAUGCGCCACAUGCUUCCAUGACCUCUAGCCCACCUCCUGCUCAACAUGGCAGUCACCCUCAGGCCCAGCACCAUUCCCAUCCAAGGUCAAACCAAAGAGGGGUGCGGGAUCAUAAAACCGAGACGCAGUGGGGCCCUCGACCUGGCAGCACCAAUGCAGGUGGGGCUUCCUCUCAUGGCAGAAGGGCCAACAAUGCAGGAAGUGGGAACAAUUCCCGUGGCGCAGAUGAGGCUUCUCAUGCUCCAUCGGAGCACAAGCCCGCCAGCCAGGCCGGACCCAACAAAAGGGCAGGUCCAAUCAAGAAGUCAAUGACGAAAGAGAUCAAGAAAGAGGGAGAAGUUGAUGGAGGAGAGAAAUCAAGCCAUGGCUUUGUGAAGGAUAAACAGAAGGAUGGUGGCCAAGCCACCUCAGUAAAGCAGGAUGCCUCUUCUUCACAUAACACGUCAGCUCCAUCUGGCAAAGAAGAGCCUCCUGUGACAAUAAAACCCAGGAAUGGCGGCAAAGAACGGCCGCCUGGAGGAGGUGGCGGCGGGUCAGGGAGAGGACCGAAAGAGGCAGAUUCCUCCGGAUUUCCAGGAUCCUCGUCUCGGAGGGACAGAGACCGUUCCUUUGAGAGAAGAGCCAGUCAUUCCCAUAAUCACGGAGUCUCCAACAAAGCCACCAGAGGCAGUCGUGGUCGAGGUGGAGAGUUUUACGGCCGCGGUCGUGGUUAUAGGGGUACCUACACAGCCAAUGCUGGUCCUGGUGUUGCCAACCGCGGCAGAAUGGCCGGCAGGAGUGGCAGAGACUAUCGCACAGCCGUCGCUGUUGGCCACCAUCACGAUUCAAAGGGCGAGGGCCCCGGUGGUCGGCAUGGUCAAGACCGGCCCCGUCACAACCCAGCCAGGGCCAGGAAUCGAAGCGAGACGCGCAGCGAGGGCUCAGAGUAUGAGGAAAUCCCCAAGAGGAGAAGGGAGAGGGGCUCAGAGACGGGCAGUGAGAGUGCGGCAAGUGACCUUGGUCAGUCGGACAAGGAUGACACCCACAAAACCAACCCCAAGAAUGGCAUAGACAAUACCAACACCACUACCGGCGGCAAUGUUUCCACUGCACCGCCAAGAGGGUCACAGGCUCGGGUUUUCACCCCCAGGGGGGUGCCGUCAAGGAGGGGCAGAGGCGGUGGUGGCGGGGGAGGGAGCAUCUACAGGAAUAGUGGCAAUGCUGGAGGAACAGCUGGGGGACACAGAGGGGCCACCAGUUCGGCCUCUCACGGGGGCCCCUCAAGGCAGCCAAACUCUGCACGAAGGCAGCAAGCCCCGACACAAACCUCGGGACACAAGGACUUGGGCAGGGUAGGGCCCCCUUUGGAGAAGAAGGAGAAGACGGCCGAUGGAAAUCAAGCUCAAAGUCAUGGAUCCAAUCCACCCCAGACUUCUCUGUUGGCUGCGGCGCCUACCACUCAAGCAUCCACUGAUAACGGAGCCGUUCCAACACAACAAGCUUCAACCAACCCGGCGUCAAUCACUGGAACGCCAAAUUCAGUUCCUCCUCCCGCAAACCGCGGGUUCCCUCCCGGUGGAUUCGAGCGACCCAAGCGUCGUCGUCACAUGCGCUCCCAGCAUCAGCAAGACAAGCCGCCGCGCUUCCGGAGGCUGAAGGAGCGAGAGAAUGCGGCGCGGAUCAACGGCGGAGUGGGAGUGAUUGGGGGAGGAAGGCCCUCCUCCCCUUCCGUAAACUCGGUUCAGGACAGUAACGGAACCGCUGUCACGACCACGCUGAUCAAUAAUGCCCAGAACGCCAACCACAACGCCGCGCUUACAGCUAACAACAACAGUGGCGGCGGGCACCCCGGCAACUCAAACAGCCACCACCAUCAGCACUUCAAUCAGGGCGGCACAGGCCCCGCCCACCCCCAGCAUCACCACAGCCACGGAGCCAAGUCCCCGGACUUCACCAACCAGAACUCAGACCAGGCCAACGAGGAGUGGGAGACGGCCUCCGAGAGCAGCGACUUCACCGAGUUCCGAGACAAAGAGGGAGGAGGGAAGCCGUAUUCUUCUCACCAUCACCACCACUUCGGGAAGGGAGGUGGUGGAGGUGGAGGUGCAGUCGAGCGAGAGAUGGCAGGGAAGGAGCCUCAAGCUAAUAAAAGAAGCUUUUCAAGCCAACGUCCCGGCAUGGAAAGGCAAAACCGGAGGGUGAACGUCGGAGGAGGCGGAGGCAGAGGCCCUCGAGGUCCACCCGGCGGUGGCUCCGGCGGGACGGGAAACGGAGGCGGCAACCGUGGAGAAAAGCGGGGCAACUGGCCCUCCCCCAAAAAUAGGAAGUGAUUGGAAUAUUUCAAAAACAUUUCGGCUGAACUGCACUCACUUUCAACCCCACCUCUUCUGUUUUUAAACCCUGUCUUGAUUAUUACAUGUUUGCAUCCCUAAACAUAUUUGUGCAUUGUACAGUAUAGGGAGACGGAAUUCCCACAUUGACCCCAGUCACCUUUUCUCCCCUUCUGCAUCAGUCCGCUGUCGACCGUCCUUUCUUGUACACUUUCUCUGUUGGGUUUUGUCUUACUUUCUAUUGAACCUGUCCUCUUUACCUUCAAAAAAAAAAAAAAAAAAAGAGGGGGGAAAAAAAUCUUACCCCAUGUGGCUCCAAUACUCAUGUCGUGCUACAAUGAAAAUGCACAUUGUUUUAAAUUGGGGGAAUUCACACAGCUACACAUCCGAGCACAAAAUGACAUCAUCAAACCUGUAGAAACCUGUGUUACGUCAUGUGGAUGUGAAAUGAUUGUGGGAUAGAAUUGGCAAAACAUUCAAUUGGGCGAACUUUUAUAAUCAUGUACCUUGUGUAUACUUCGACCACACUUUGGCCUUUGGUGGUGUACAGCAGUCCAGUUCUGCACGGCUUCCAAAGGGGAGAAGUGCAGCUUCAGCCUAACAAGAACAGUACCAGUGUAUCAUACAAAUAUCUUAUUCUAGUCUUUGUUUUCAGGAGAGUUGUGUCAAUUCGAUUUAAACCACCCAAGAGAUGUUAAGUGUGAGAGUGAGUGUUUUUUUUUUUUUUUUUUUAAACAGGGUGGAUCGUUAAACAGCCCUCUCAAUCUCUUAUUUUACAUUUUCUGUGGCUCCCGGGUAUGAAUUUUUCAAUUUUCUGCAAAGUAUGUCAUAACUUUGAUAGGACCCAUGUACUACUGUUCCACGUCACUAGUUUGGUCUUUUUAUAUCAUCAUCCUGUUGCUUGUGUAGACGCUGUUUUUUUUUUUUCCCCGGCUUGAAUGCUUUCAUGUCAACCUGCUUUAAAAUUUCAUAUCGUUUGACCGUUUUGUUUUUAAAGAAAAUAAAGGCUUUGUCAGCCUCACCGUAGCAUCCUUGUCACCUGCAGGAUUUCUGCACACUGCAAAAUACUCCCUGAUGGACAUUAGCGGUCCUCUUUCGUUCCAAGAUUUGGUUAAUCCGACUCUGUUUAUUACUUGAUGACUUUUAUUUUCAAAGCUCUCUCCUCCGAGAUUUCCAUUUUUCUAUGGAAGAAUUGUCUUUUCCUUUUCAAGUUUGACGUCUGUUCUAUUGAGGAGGAAUCCAGUUAAAGGAAAAAAAAAAGCUCAUGAGGGGACCUCUUUUCACAAAUUGUCAAUUGGUUAAAUUAUAAAUGCUUCGGUAGGCCUUUAUGUUCUAACAAGCACUCCUUUUAAGUACAUUGGGAUAAAAAAAAAACUUGGUUGCUGUUUUCCUUUUAUUUUUAUUUUAUUUUUUUCAUGUAAUAGAGCAAGUUAUAUGUGAUACAACAAAGACAGGUGCUCUGUCUGGGCCCAGAGUACGAAGAUAUAGGUCGAGUAUUACAUUUCCUCUGCUGUCGUGCAUGUUGUGAUGCACCCUGCGCUAUUACCAUUGGGACUUUUCACUGCAACAAAGACUAGCCGAAGUUGCUUAUCUGACGGGAGGGCUUUUUUUUUUCAAAGUAUGUACUCUCAGGAUGGCUGUUCAGCACGGUGAUGGGGGGUGGGGAGGGGGGCUCAGCCAUCCGAGUCACCUGUCACGGAUCACAAGAAUUCAACGAACCAGGCUGGAUUUGUUCAGGAAAUAUUGGAUUUGGAACACUUGUAGUCCACGCGGUAGACAAACCUGCAGUUUGGAGACGGGUGAACUUAAUUCCUCUGCAUCAAUUCAACUGCUGUAAGUUGGGGUUUUUUGUUUGUUUACUGACAGUUAACAGUUCAACGGGGAUGUUGCGAGUAGGGCAUUUGGUGAUUUGUGAGUGUGCGCGACUUGUGUGACGUGUUUGGUAUGUAUGCGUUUUCUGGUAUCUCUAUUGUAACGGGAACGGCGAGGACCAGAGGGUUAUGUCAAGCACUUUCUGCCUUGUCUCCCCCCCCCCACACACACACACACACACACACACACUUGAUUGAAACAAUGUUAUCAAAGCUGCUGCUUUACAGAAGGAAAAAAAAAAUACAUCCAUGGUGAUGCAUUCAGCUCUGCCUAAAUACAGUACAUCUAAAUAAUGAACAUGCAGCGGGGAGAAUCGCCGUUUUCGUGUUGAAUACAGUACAGUACAUAAGCGGGCAAGCGAUGAAUCUUCUUUCCACGAGAACUUAAGAGCAUGAAUACACAACCCAUGUGUGCGGCUUGCCUGGCCUGUCACUGGUUUUUCUGCAUCGCUAGCUGUACUAUGAAGACUGACUCAAGAGUCCUUCAUCCCUCCUUAACUCUUUGAUAUUGAUGUGCACAUUAUUGUAUGUACCCACGCUUAAAGAAAACAAAAGUAGUGUAUGGAAAUUACUCAAAAGAUUGUACUGUUUCGAGCAUUACCAAGGUACCUGCAGUGGUCCAUUAUGUUUUAGAAGUUAUGGUUUUAUUAACGGAGCCGUAAUAUAUGCACAUGUAUGUAUAUUGGUAUGUUUAAGUUUUGUCAACCCCAACUUACAUUCCCACCAACAAAUGUUGCCAUUUUUAGUUCAAGGGAGCAAUGUACAAGCAGAGAAGUGUCUUAUUAUAAUAAAGUUAUACAGAGAAGGCAAAGUAAAAUAAACUACUUUUGAUUGAAUGGAAA